CAGGGCAAUGGGAAGCUAAAAAGUAAUAGUGAGGGACAGCAGCUCUUUCCCAGAUGGAGUCGGUGGGAUUUUAUUGGCAUGUAGCGCGCAGGCGCAGUAAACUUAUAGCCCAAGUGGUUGCUGUUGGUUACAGACUUUUGUUGCUUUUAUUAAAUGAGCCCAUCAGUGUAAAGCCAGGGAGAACAGUCUGUGGGCUCCUCACUCAUCACAUCACCAUGUUAUCUGUUUAUGCCACUGACACAACCUGGGUAUUGAUGCUUCAGUAACUGGAAGGGACACUUUUUCUAGUCCUGCAUCAUUUUUAGGUUUUUUUUAAUUUCACAUUGGUGAAGACAGAAGUAGUGGCUCUGUGGUGGUCUUGUAAAUCUGCUUGGGCCCUAGAGUUGCUAAAUGGACCAUGCGAUAUGUACAAGACAGCCACUGUGACAAACUAGUUCCAGACACAGAAGUGCACACGGCACUAGUGAAGCUAUUCCGGGCCAUCUUCCUACAAAAUCUACCGAGUCAGAAUGAACUGCUUCGUAUGCUGCCUGAAGCAACUAAAUCCAUAUACAGGCCUCGGUUCACCCAUGAUCAUCAGUCUAAAAACAGAAGUGAGAGUCACGUGACACUGGAGGCCGGGGAAAUACUACACAGCACUCUCGGAUUCUGCAUUGAUCGUGCCCCGAGUUAUUUAGAUUCUGCUGGAAUUGGAGUAUUUGUUUCCAAAGGCCACGUGCAGAAAGGAGCAGUCGUAUCCAUGUACCCCGGCACCGUCUAUCAGCAGUACGAACCCAUCUUCUUCCAGUCAAUAGGAAAUCCAUUUGUUUUCAGGUGUAUCGAUGGUAUUUUUAUAGACGGCAAUGAUAAAGGAAUCUCAAAGUCUGUGUACAGGUCAUGCAGUGGAAGGGAUCAGCUUGGACCUUUGAAAAUGUGUGAUGCUUCAUGGCUGAGUGCUUUCCCACAGAACCCAUUGGCUGUUGGGCAGUAUGUCAAUAACUGUUCAAAUGAACGAGCAGCUAAUGUAUGUUAUCAGGAAUUUGAUGUGCCGGAAUAUUUCCCUGUUGAGCUAAGGCAGUAUCUUCCAAAUAUCAAUUAUUCCCACGACUCACAAGGGCCGCUGCGAUGUGUCGUUCUUAUUGCUCUCAGAGACAUUGACUGCGGAGAGGAACUUUUCUCAAAUUAUUUCACAAUUGUUCAGUAGGAAAAAUCUGCCUUGGCAGGAGCUGCAUUCAUGCAGUUAUUUCACGGAAUUAUAUUCUCAUUGCAGGGCAAUAUACGCUUUUUUUGUUUGCGUACUUUGUAUUAAAUGGAUAUUUUUAUGGCCGUGACUUAUCGUGGGAAGUUAUAAUAAGAGCCAUAGAGCAAUAUUCUAACCAAGCUGUUGCUGCUCCUUUUAACAAUGGAGUAAAGUCUAAUCCUCAUGCUCCAAAGGGAUGUUCCCAAUAAAAUAAAUUCUAACUAAAUGGUAGGGGAGGACUGUAGACACCACACAGUAAGUCUAGUGUAAGCGCAAAUAGCACAGGAGUUCACCAAACUUUUAAAGGUGAAGUAAAUGCUUUAUUUUAUAUACAGGUAUAGGAUGCGUUAUCCAGCAAGCUCCAAAUUACGGAAUGGUCAUCUCCCAUAGA